AUGGUUUGGACCUCGACGAUCUUUAGCAUCUACGCUACGCUACUUCCCACUAUACUAGUAGUAUGUGCUAGCGCUGCCACGUUCACUGUAUUCGAUGUGCGGCCGACAGGCGAACCCCCGCAAUUCAUAUCCUUGAGCGCCCUAGGUGUCGGCGUCGACGGAGCCACGACAUAUGACUACUUUGAGGUAGCCACCGCCCGAGUAUUAUCGGACCCUACCACAACUCAGACCGUUGCUAUGCCCGCCGUAACUCUUCAUGCGACCCUCGUAGCUGAUGCAACCAAGAAUUUCAACUCGCUCAGUCCGCAGACAAGCCUCCCGUUUGGAGUCACGUCCAACUGUACCUGGGAUGAGAGCGGCCAGGGUGUAUGCAUCGCUGAAGCAUUUGCACCUGGUUUGGCCUCUACGCAGACAACGACGGUUACAGGGCUUGUCGUGCCCAUUUAUACGUUGACUGUGGACGGCGGAUCUAGCAUUACUACAUUGCCGGAGAGGGCCGGGACGACGACCCGACCCGACCAAACGACAAUUACACCCCCUUCCACCACUCUCCCAAGGGAAGCAAACACCACUGUUGGACGUCGGACCAUGCUCGCCCUCCACAUGGGUACCAUUUGCGGUAUCUUUAUCUCUGCUUUUGCACAGUACCUCCUUUGA